AUGGGUUUAUUCAAUAGUGGAAAAAAUGAAAAAGUUGAAAAAGUAAAUAAAUAUGAACGACAUUAUAAUGUUCCAUCAAGUUCUUCACAUCGUCGUUCAUCAAAACAUCGUUCUCAUCAAGGUGAUAAUGGUGUUCGAGCUAUGUCUCAACCACCAUUAAUGCGUAUGGCUGCUGGUUAUUAUCCUCCAGCCGGUAUUUUUCCUCCAGUUGUUCUUCCUCCAAUGGGUUCGAAUGUUAUGUCUCAAGUUCGAUAUCCAAUAUCACCUUUUGAUUUAAGCAAAUAUCCAUCAUCAACAACAUAUUCAGCUAAUCCAUUUGCUGCUGCUGCUGUUGCCGCUGCUGCUGCUGGUCAAAUGACACCAAUGAGUUUAGGAGGUGGUUGGAAUAAUGGAAUGGCAUUAAUUAAUAAUCGAUCGGCUUUUCAACAACAAUUAAACGAUUAUCAACAAGCUGGUUGGCCUUUAAAUAAUGGAUAUAUGCCACCGAUGCAAUUUUAA